AUGGCUAAGGGAACACCUGUGAAAAAAGGCAGAGCCUCGAAGAAUAGCACUCCAGUGUCUACACCUCCAGUAAAAACCAAGAAACCGUCGAGCAAGACCUCGACACCUCAACCAUCUACUCCCAGAUCGACGCCAUCCAAGAAAAAGAAGAAUGCGGUGAAGAACGCGGAUAAGAAAGGCGAGAAAUUGGUUCUCAAAGCCAAGGACUCUUCUGCUGCUCCUUCAGUUGCCCAAAAACCAGACACUGUAAUCCCGAUCGACAGAAUCGUUCGUGCAGUCCAAGAGUUGCAAAAGUUCGUGGAUAGCGAAAAGGCCAAAGAAGAGAACUCUAACCAGCUUCUGGACGACGGCGAGUUAGAUAGACAGGUGGAGUUGAUCGCCGUCAAUACCACGUCUUUCACCGAAAACAGAAAAGUGUUUAAGCCCAAACUGUUCAAGAUCGAACACUCGUUGUUCAAACCAUGGAAAAAAGCCAGUGAAACUGCCGUCAAAGACUUCAAAGUGCUUCUUAUUCUUAAGGACCAGGAUGCUUCCAAAUGUACGGAAGACCAGCUUUACGACCAACUGCACGGAGAGGGUAUCACUGUGGAUGCCGUUAUCACCGGCAAUGACCUCAAGACCAAAUACAAGGCUUUGGAAAAGAGAAGAGCCUUUGUACAGGACUUCUCUCUUAUUUUAGCGGAUGACUCUGUUGUGACAGCGUUGCCCAAACUUUUGGGAGGCAAGGCUUACGAAAAACUGGCCACAACCCCAAUUUCCAUCAAGACCAGCAAAAGCGGCUCGUUUUCGCUUACAACGCUUGUCAACAGCAUCAAAAAAGUCUAUCUAAAAACGCUGCCAACCAAGAUGCCCCGCGGCACAACUUUGAACGCGCAUUUGGGUGAUCUAGAAUGGUUUUCCGCUGAAGAGCUUGCUGACAACGCGCUUUCUGUUGCCGAACAACUGGUGAAGGAGUUCCAGAUCAGGUCUGUUUUCCUCAAGGUGAACAAGUCACCUGUUCUUCCGCUGUACUACAAUCAAAACGUCCUCGACGCUUUGGCCGAACAAGCAGAUGUUGAAGGCAAGGACAAGGCAUUGCAUAAGGUCACCAUUGGUGGCACAGAUCUGGAGCUGUCCAAUUUCGACGCUGCAUUAAUGGAGAUCGCCAAUCCAGACGAAUUGGAGAAGGUUUUUGCUUCUCGCAUCAACAAAGCGAGAAAGAGAACAGCGGAGGACGUCGAACAAGGCGCUACCGCGAAAAAGACUAAAGCAUAA